ACCGUUUCUCUCUAUCUUCACCAGCAGCAGCCCCGGGCUGCCUCAUUGACACUGAAGGUAUGGGGCACAGGUAUGACUGGGGGUCUUCUGGCCAUCUACGGACAUAGAACCACAUCCUCGGAAGCGUGGCACACUCAUCCCCAGGUCCUGGCCUUCCUAAGGGCAGUUAAACAUGUCAGACAAGUGAUGUCUCAGGGACCACCCGUAUACCAGGCCCAGCUCAUUGUUACUAAUUCUCAGCCACCAGGACUAGCAUAUGUGGGAGUCACUGUCACGAGCAGCCUAGGGAGGGAGUGGAAUUAAUUUUGGGAGUAGUCUGCUCAAAGUCCAUUCAGUUCAUACCCAGAGCUGAACACGCGCUGGGUUCACACACCUGUGGACUGAUGGCUGGGACAGUCUCAGUGCUUGGUGAAAAAGAAAAUGGGGAUAGCAUGCGCUUUCUGAACAUUGACUACUGACUGCUUCUGCUGUUCCUGGUGGUGGCAGCGUUUCUUGUUUGUUUGGUUUUUGAGAUGGAGUCUCACUCUGUUGCUGGAGUGCAGUGGCACAGUCUCACUGCAAUCUCCACCUCCUGGGUUCAAGCAAUUCUCCUGCCUCAGCCUCCCUAGCACCUGGGACUCCAGGCGCCUGCCACCAUGCCCAGCUAUUUUUAGUAGAGAUGGGGUUUCACCGUAUUGGCCAGGCUGAUUUCGAGCUCCUGACCUCAAGUGAUCCACGUGCUUUGGCCUCGUCAACUGCUGUGCUGGGUCCUUUUUUGCCUUCUGCUUUCACCUCAACCUUUUGGCAGAAAGAAAGAACUACAGAGGGCCUGUCAUUGAUACUUAGAGUGGCCAGUGCCCCUCACCUGUUGUUCUGAGCUCAGGCACAUGUAGAUGAACACAGAUGCACACGCUCAGGUGUGUGUGCACACACACUGACAUGCAAACACGUACAAACAAAUCACGAAUGGUAUGGACCCUCCCCCCGCCCCCAGGCAUGGACCCUCCCCCCUUCCCCAGGCACGGACCGAAGGCUUGCCUGUACCUCGGGACAGGGUAAGGGCUUCCUUGGACCCUGUACUCACUGGGGGGUUUCCCUGGCUGCCUUCGGUCGACUUGAAUGGUGCAGCCGGUAAGUUCUCCUCCCCGGUAGAGAACUGAGACCUUAGACAAAUAGCCAACCAUCGUAGCUGCUCACUGCGGUGUGGGUAGAUGAUUAGACUGCGCUGCUGCUUUCUCCUUUCCUCUCAGGUUGAUGAGUUGGAGCAGUUUAAUUUGAGACUAGUAAAUUUUGUAAUUGGAUUUAAAAGGGUGAAAUGAGUGAACCUGGUUUCCACAUUACCUUUACACCCCAGCAGGGGAAAUGCUUGAGUCAGGUGUGGAUCCGAUGAUUUUAUUGUGCCAACAUUAAUAUUGGGAGCACACACAUAAUCUGGAGUCAGCAGGUUCAUCGACUAGUAUCUCAUUAAAUUUUCAGGCAAAAGCUGCAAAAAUUAAUUGGAGGCAUGUAAUAGUUUAGAAUGUGAGCCGGCUUAUGGUAAUAUAAAUUAUAUGAAGAGAAGACAGUUUUAUAUACUGAGAGAGGGAAAGCUGGUUUACUUUAAUGAGAAGAGAUAGAAAUGUAGAGCUAUUUUUUCAUUACAGAUACACUCUAAAAUGUUUGGACUUAGUUGAUGAAUAGAGUUAAUUCGCUGCUACAGUUCCAAUAAUUCAUGUUGCACAGUUUAAUGACUUCUAGAUAAAAACAGGAUUGAAAUGUUAAUUUCUCUGAAGAAAUUGGGGCACUCUUGUAUAUCAGACUUCCCCCUCCUAUUAAACCACUGGUUAAUUUCACCAAAGAAGUCUCUGGGAGCCAUUUCGAGCCGCGUAAACUUCUGUAUUUCUUACCUGGGUUGGCUUCCUUUUUUUCAAACCUUAAUGUAUAUGAUCAUCUUGGGUGAGAGAAUGUGUUAGACAGAGCUGUGUGUAGGUAACGUGACUCAGCAGAGAGUUGCGUAGCUUUUGGUUUUGUGAACAACCACAUGCUAGAAUCUGCAUUCUAGAGCCCAGUAACGUUGUUGGCAGGGAGAGGGAUUAUUUGGUUGUUGGCCGUCUGGUUCCUCGAGCGCUGUGCUGUCCCACUUCUGAGCUGGGAAAUAGGAAGUAUUGAUCAGUCAGGGUUAGAUUCAUGGGGCGUCAGUCUCAAAUCAUGCAGGGAUUUUGUCAUCGUAUUAUUUUCUUUUGCAUCUUGGUUUUCUUCUUCACAACCUUGAGACUUUUUUUUUCAUAGGGUAGAUUCAACAGAGUUCAGCGUCUUCUCUUUCUCUUUAACCUACUCUCAGAAGAAAGGACAAGAAGCAAGUAUUAACUGUGGUAAUGAGGUGCCGUCGAAGAGUGGGGCCACACAACUGAGGACUCCGAUUGUAUUUCCAGAGUUCUUAUCAUAACAAGAAUGCAAACGUGUAUUAUUCAAACCACAUACGUGUUGUGUUUUGCUAUUUAGCCUUUGACAAAGGGGACAAAAAGUAACCCCCUAAGUGUUCAGGAGUAGAGGGAAGGGAAAUGAACCCCGUGCACCCUGGGUGCCUUUGGGUGUGUGUUCAAAGGGCUUCAUAUAAAGAGCUGCCUUAGAGCCAAGGAGGUGUAAAGACUUGGUUUUGAGGUUAGGAUGUCACAAGGCAUCUACAAGGACUCCCGUUCCCCCCACCUUUAUGACCACUGGGCCUUGACAAGGCUUAGUGAAUGCUGAGUGGGGUCAUCUUUAGCCUAAACCUGGAGUCACCAUGGAGCUUUUGUGAACAGUGAGAAACGUACUGCUUCCUACAGAAACUGUGCUGUCUUGCAGAACUGUGCUGCAGCCUGGAUCCCCAGGCCUCGUCCCUGCAUAUACCUAGUUUUGAGGUUAGGACAUCACAAGGCAUCUGCCAAUAUCGAAAACUCAGAAGGAGCCCCCAGACGUGGCACACGGUGGUGGGAAGAAGGAGCAUCGAAAUCCACUUCCUUCUGAGGCCCAUAGUUCCAGAAAGACUAGUGUCCUCCGUGCAUGCAUGGUGACCGGGUUCUUGUCUGUUCCUGGUGGUGGGGCCUGGUGACCCCUAACGCUAACGAGGGUGGGAAGAGCUGUUCAUUUUGUCCCUUUCUGGGUGAAAUGAGGCUCCUCCUGCCCUCCUUGCCGGGUGGUCUUUCUGUUUUGCCCACAUACCCUGGAAGCUUGGCUGGGCUGCGUGACUCCAGAGCAGCCUGGUGGAUGCUGAGUAUUUGCAUUCAGAUUCUUAGGCGUUGACCUUGGCCUUCUGGGACCGUACGCCCCCUCUGCUUGCCUUUGUUGGUCGAGACCUCACAUUUAGGGAUUCAUUUUUUCCAAGGUCUAUUUGUUCGCUUGGUGUGUGUCAAACUUCCUCCCAGAGCAGUGACAUGGAUGGGAACUGUGAGUGUGUUGAGAAACCUACCCUAAAAGAUGGGACUGCCGUCAUCCCAGGGGAGCUGAUGUUCUCAGCUCCACCUCAGCCACCCUGGGCUGUGGGUCAACUUCUCCUGAAUGAGCCUCUGCAGGACGGUGCCACCCAGCCUGGUAGCACUUGCUCCCUCCACACCUCUGGAGGCUGGCGCUCACCCUCAUGCUCCUCAUCUGUUCUGCUUUUUUGAUGUACUUACUUGUCCCUUUCAGGAUUUCAUUACGUCCUAUGUUGGUUUAAAAAAAAAAAAAAAUUAACUUCCCUGUAAUGAGCCCCAGCCAUUUCUUAGCACUCCUAGUUUGGAACUUCAGAGAUUUCAACUUAGGAUUCCUUUAAGGCAGGAGUUUCUACUGUUAACGUUCUGUUGGCAUUCCUCGUUGUGGGGAGCUAUCCCACACAUCAUAGGAGGUUCAACAGCAUCCCCAACCUCGACCCACCCAAUGCCAAUGUCACCUCCCUCCCACCCCAGUGUGACAACCAGAAAUGUCGCCAAAUGUUGUCCCAUGGCCCUAGGGUGAAAACACCCCUGCUUGAGAGCCAUUGGUGAAGGGGUAGACAUUUAUUCCAUGCCCGUGGUCAUAUUGUACUUGAGCCAUACUGUGCUUGGCGUGGAAACACCCCGUAGCCCUCGUGAGAAGCCAGCACCAUCCCUGAGCUGCGCACCUCUGCGUCGUCGUCCGUCCCUGAGCUGCCCACCUCCGCAUCAUCAUUGCAUCCUUGGGGUGUGAUCCGGUGUUUGCGCCGGUGUUUGCACCCGUCCCUUUUCUCCCUGUUUGCAGACGGAGGGCCCCUUGCCGAGCUGUUGGCGCAUGCCUGGCGCUUGGCUCCAUGAUGCUCACAUGGGUGUUCAUGACAGUGCAUUUGACAGACAGAUUUAUUUGUCACCUUGUCAGGGUGACAUGUUGGGAUGGCUCCACCACUCGUGUGCCAUUGACACUUGGCUGUCUGAAAUCGGGACCAAGCAUCCUGGAGACUGAUCCGAACGAGGCUUAUCAGCACCAGGCAUAACUUACCGCCUGCUUCCCCCUGUUUCUUUAACUUCUAAUUGAAACCAUUUAGUUACCACCCCUGCUGCUAGGAAUCUGGGGACAAUUAGGAAAGUCCCAUCUGUCCUUUGAACCACAUUAUAUUGCUUUUCUGCUUGAGAUCUCGAGGAGACGGCGCAUUCUAGCAGCCGCGUCUUUGUCUCGCCUCCCACUGGAUGGUUUUUAUCCCACUUGAGUGAGUUAUAGCAACUCUUUAAUUCAGUUAUCUCUCCAAUGCGGGCUUGAAGAUGAUUUAGUGGAAUCGAACACCUGGGUUUUCCACUGCAGAGCAGUGACUCCCAACCAGGCCGUGGGUAGGUUUUUGCGUUUUGACUUCCAGCCUCAGCCACGCGUGUUCUGCGCUGCCUCCCGAGCCUCCUGGCACAAGCCCCUACUUACAGUUCCAAGGAGUAGAUUGGAAAUGGCAGAUGCCAUGGGCUUUGCCAGCCAUUCCCGAAGGCAAGGAAUUAUCUGUCCAGUGAUAUUAGGUCACUGCAUUCCCAGCCAGCUGUGUGGAAAGAGGGGAGGGGGUGGGGCUGCCUGGGUGACGGGCAGGAAGGCCAUUUAUAAAUUCAAGUGUGGUAAACAGUCGCCUCUCCUGCUUCGGUAUUUGACUUGGAGUUAAACAAAGUGUCGUGGGUGGGAGGUGUAUCAUACGAUCAUUUUAACCAUUGUGCCUUUUAAUGUGGAAAAUCUGCCCAAAAUAGGAGCUGUUGCAGUGAUUCACAUAUACAAAGGAGUGGCUCAAACUCUCAGAGCAGCACCCAGGAUCAGAAAGGGCCGCUGGAAUUCUGGAGAAUUCCGUGAUCGAGCCUGUCUGCCUUGUUUUCCUUGUGGGCCCCGGGAUUCCCGUGGAUAUCCCCACCCUCAGAUUGCUGGAGUAGAAAACUUAUUUUUCCAAAACACUGAGGUGUUUUUGAGCCCAGUAUCAGGUUAAAGGUGCUCACUGAGAAAGCGUGCAGGGUGGAUGUGACCAAGGAGUCCGCUUCCGACACUGGAGCAGGCAUUGGCCAGUGCAGGCAAAGGGGGCUGAGAUACGGAGUCAGGAAAGGGAACAGUUAGCUUGGGUCAGGAGUCACCAGACACUGACUGCACGGAGUGCCAUUCAAGCACCGCGUAAUGCUGGUGCUCCUGUUGGGUCCUGAGUUUUGAGGUGGGCCGUGGCCCCUUCGAAACUCGGGAAGCGCAUGCUGCCCCCACUGCUCUGGGGGCAGGCUGUUCUCUGGCCAUGCUUCCUGUACUCAUCUCACUGGGUGUUGCUGUCAUGUGGAAACUGGAUGUCUUACAGAAAUCCUUUCUCCUAAACGUAGGGCAGUGGCCGCAUUGGGUACGUUUGGAAAGAAAUAGCAGUCUGUCCUAUAACAUGGGCUUAUCCAGAGAUAGGACACCUGGUGACAUCACCACCUCCCAGUGGCGCCACUCUGUCUGACUUGCUGCUAUGGAACUAACCCUGUAACUGCCAUGCAUGCAUGUGUAUGUCUGUCUAGGUCUGUCCCCACAUACUUGCUGGUGGUGGGUGGGAAGAAGAUUAGUUAAGAUACUGUCAUAGAUUGUGACUAUGAAGUAAUCCAUUAGAAUCUUGAGACAAGGAAUGCUGGGAGUGGUGGCUCAUGCCCAGCCCCUGCUCUACUGCGGGUGUGGUGGCAAAUGCCUGUUGUCCAGCCACUAGGGAGGCAGGAGAAUCUCUUGACCCCAGGAGGCAGAGGUUGCAUUGAGCCGAGAUCAUGCCACUGUACUCCAGCCUGGGCAACAGAGAGAGAAUUCGUCUAAAAAAAAAAAAAAAGAAAUCUGACAAGGAAACCAGUGUCACCUUUCUAUGAAAGUGUACACACAUGCCCUUUGACCUAGUGAUCUCCCUUCCCCACCCAAUGCCAAAACAGCUUUAAUGCAGCAAGGUUUUAGUCAUGGUGUUACUUGACAGCAAAAGAAGAAGACAGAUGACUCAAGCAUCCAACAGUGGGAAAACAGCUAAUUCUUUUUCAGAUGAUGCCUUCACAGUUUGAAAUAAUGGUUCAUAGCGGCGUCAUGCACGCAGACUCCUGCAAGUUCCCCUAAGUUCUUAGAGGACUGCUUUGCCUUUUGAUCUGAGAGUUGCAAAGUUCCAUAAAGAAUGGCCCUUGUGGAUAAGCACAAAGUCAAGAGACAGCGAUUGGACAGAAUUUGUGAAGGUAUCCGCCCCCAGAUCAUGAACGGCCCCCUGCACCCCCGCCCCCUGGUGGCGCUGCUGGACGGCCGCGACUGCACUGUGGAGAUGCCCAUCCUGAAGGACCUGGCCACCGUGGCCUUCUGUGACGCGCAGUCCACUCAGGAGAUCCACGAGAAGGUUCUAAAUGAAGCCGUGGGCGCCAUGAUGUACCACACCAUCACCCUCACCAGGGAGGACCUAGAAAAGUUCAAGGCUCUGAGAGUGAUCGUGCGGAUAGGCAGCGGCUACGACAACGUGGACAUCAAGGCUGCCGGCGAGCUGGGAAUUGCUGUGUGCAACAUCCCAUCCGCAGCCGUGGAAGAGACAGCUGACUCCACCAUCUGCCACAUCCUCAAUCUGUACCGGAGGAACACGUGGCUGUACCAGGCCCUGCGGGAAGGCACGCGGGUUCAGAGCGUGGAGCAGAUCCGAGAGGUGGCCUCGGGAGCGGCCCGUAUCCGUGGGGAGACACUGGGCCUCAUCGGCUUCGGUCGCACGGGGCAGGCGGUUGCAGUUCGAGCCAAGGCCUUUGGAUUCAGCGUCAUAUUUUAUGACCCCUACUUGCAGGAUGGGAUCGAGCGGUCCCUGGGCGUGCAGAGGGUCUACACGCUGCAGGAUUUGCUGUAUCAGAGCGACUGCGUCUCCCUGCACUGCAAUCUCAACGAACAUAACCACCACCUCAUCAACGACUUUACCAUAAAGCAGAUGAGGCAGGGAGCAUUCCUUGUGAACGCAGCCCGUGGCGGCCUGGUGGACGAGAAAGCCUUAGCACAGGCCCUCAAGGAGGGCAGGAUACGAGGGGCAGCCCUCGACGUGCAUGAGUCAGAGCCCUUCAGCUUUGCUCAGGGUCCAUUGAAAGAUGCACCGAAUCUCAUCUGCACUCCUCACACUGCCUGGUACAGCGAGCAGGCAUCGCUGGAAAUGAGGGAGGCCGCUGCCACUGAGAUCCGCCGAGCCAUCACAGGUCGCAUCCCAGAAAGCUUAAGAAACUGUGUGAACAAGGAAUUUUUCGUCACAUCAGCGCCUUGGUCAGUAAUAGACCAGCAAGCAAUUCAUCCUGAGCUCAAUGGUGCCACAUACAGAUACCCGCCAGGCAUCGUGGGUGUGGCUCCAGGCGGACUUCCUGCAGCCAUGGAAGGGAUCAUCCCUGGGGGCAUCCCAGUGACUCACAACCUCCCGACAGUGGCACAUCCUUCCCAAGCACCCUCUCCCAACCAGCCCACAAAACACGGGGACAAUCGAGAGCACCCCAACGAGCAAUAGCAGAGAAUGCUGGAAGGUAAUCGUUCAGAUACACUCGGGACCAAGAGACAGUAAAAAAUAGAUGAACUAAGAGAAAAAGAAUCUGACGGUCUUUGUAACUGAUUCUGGACAUAUGCAUCAUUGAUGUUGCAGUGUUAAAACUACAAGAGCUAGAAAAACUGAAGAUGUCGUCUGCUUACGGAAGCACUGAAAGACUAGGAUGUGAUUUAUUAACGACCAACUUCUGUUAUUGUGUGUUAAGUUUUUCAUCUGUGCAUCAAAUCACAAAGAAUAAAUAGAGCUUUUUCCUUUAUCAGUCCCUUGGGCACAGCAGGUCCUGAACACCCUGCUCGAGAAUGUUGCAUCAAGAGUUCAAACAUCCAAAUAAAAAAUAUUAAGAGGAAAUCCCCAUCCUGUGACUUGAGUCCCUUCAGUCUACAGGGGCUGGUUACCUCUUUUUACUAAUAGGAAGAUCACAUUACUACCAAAUGGGGAGAAAACUGUUUGCCUGUGGUAGACACCUGCACGCAUAGGAUUGAAGACAGUACAGGCUCCUGUACAGAGAAGCGUCUCUCACAGCUGAACUGUAUACUCUGAGUGGGCAAGUUGGUUGUAAGUUAAGUAAAACCCUCUGAUGAUGCAAAAAAAAAAAAAAAAAAAAAGUAUUAAGUUUCACAAGCUGUUUGUACUCAAAUAUAUUUUCUCAGUUUCAGAUCCUCUGCUAUUUUAUUGAGUGGAAAGUCUUGAACUAAAAGGGUUCAAGAAGAAUAAUGUUGCAUUUCCUUAUGUCUCAGGAAACACUUUUUAUGGUAACUUGUCAGAUUGUCUAUGAACAAACCCACUUUUUUAGACAUUGAUAAAGUCUUUUUUUCUUCACGUGAUAUUUUAUACAAGAACACUUCAGAUGUAUUAGAUGUGACUGAUUUUAACAAAUCCUAUUAGAUUUGUAUCAACUAGUUACAUGUUCUAUUCAUAGUCUUUUGUGAAUCAUUGCCUUUUUGUUUAAAAAGAUGGCCUAUUUUGAGCCUUUGUAUAGGUACAUUCCUGUUUUUGUGACAAAACAAACUUUAAAAUUGUCCCAAACAGAAAAAUAAUGGCUAUCAGAAGUAUGUUUUGUUUUAGUGUGAGUUACCGUUACUGUAUUUGUUUAUUGUAAAGGUGGACAUUUAGCGUUCAGUGCAGUUUUCAAUAAAAAGUAAUUAAAAUUUCUGUUAA